GGCCAGCGGCGGCACCGCCACAGCCCCGCUGGCCAUGAGCUCGGGAUCCGAGCCCGGGACACCCCGGACACCCUUCAGCAUCGCAGACAUCCUAGGCUCGCGCCUGGUUCCCCGAGGACCCUCUGCGUCGCAGCUUCCAGAGUCGAGCCCAGGUCCCAGGUCGCCGCUGUGCGCGCUGGAGGAGCUGACUAGUAAAACUUUCCGCGGACUUGACGGGCACGCGCCGCAGCCCUCUGAAGGCCGCGCGGCCCCGGGAGCGCUGGGCCCAGGCCCGGCCGGCCGCAGACGGCGAAAGUCACGCACGGCGUUCACCGCGCAGCAGGUGCUGGAGCUGGAGCGGCGCUUCGUCUUCCAGAAGUACCUGGCGCCGUCCGAGCGCGACGGGUUGGCGGCGAGGCUGGGCUUGGCCAACGCGCAGGUCGUCACGUGGUUCCAGAACCGGCGCGCCAAGCUCAAGCGCGACGUGGAGGAGAUGCGCGCCGACGUGGCCUCGCUGCGCGCGCUGUCCCCCGAAAUCCAGUGCCGCCUCGCGCUGCCGGAGGGCGCUCCAGGCCUCGGCCCUGGCCUCGCCCGGCCGGACGCUGGGCCCCAUCUGUCAGACGAGGAGAUACAGGUGGACGACUGAAGGCAAAGCCGCCGCCAGCGCUCUGGGGCGCGGGACUCCUCGCCUCCGCGUCCUGUCCGGCUCCUGGGUGGAGGGAGGGUAUCUAACUGGUCCCCUUCCGGCUCACAGUCCAGACACCCACCUUUUCCAGUUAUUGAGAAUAAAGUCAAGACUCUGCCUCAGCACGCCUCAAUCCUAACCCAAAGCAGUAAGAGCAAAAUCUGCUGAUUAUUGUGAAGAUUCUGUGUUUAGCACUAUGUCGAGCGCUUUAAAUGCGGUAUUUCCUUUAACUCUCAUAGCAACCCUAUAAGGUAGGUGAUAUAAUUAGGCCCAUUAUACAAAGAGGAACCUCUAGGUCAGGGUUUGGACCCAGGCAUCCAGCCAGCCUUCAAAGCUGGUGCUUGUCAGCUUUUUUCUCCGGAGACUCCGGGGUGAGGGGGAAGGACAUGGGACUUCCAUAGCUGCGGGUGCCAACCCCUGCUUUCCUGGCCACCUUCUUUCCAGGACUCUUCACCCCCACCCCGCCUUUGAUCAGCUGCUGCCUGGGAGACCUUGUGCCUAACUAACUGACUGGCCCCAGAGUGACAACGUCCUGCUUUUCUUUUUCCCCACCCUGGGGUCAUUUGUUAAUUGGGUCCUGACCAUUCUCCUUGCCCUCAUGGAAGGAAUCCUACCCUGAGACACAGGCAAAGUGAUGAGUGCUGGGAGAGGGGUGGGACCCCUGCUUCUGGGACCUCCACCCCACUCCAUGCUGGGACAGAGAAUGUUCCCACCAGGAUGGAGGUGGUGGCAGGAGGGUGGGAAAGCCUGGCUUGUCCACUGGGGCAGAGCUUCGAGAGUGCUGUUUGCAGGGUAGAGAGAGUGCAGCCCACCGCCUCCUGCAGACAUUUCUGGGAUAAAUUUCUUCCUUCCUUCCUUCUUUCCUCCCUUUCUUUCUUUCUCUCUCUCUUUCUUUCCUUU